AUGGACCGUGCCCGAACACCACAGACCGUGAUCGGCUUCGGCUGUGGCCUCGACUGGCGUCCUACUUGGUUCGUGAACGCCUUCCCUUCGACCAGACAGUGCAGCGCUUGCGGACUCGUGCCCCCCGCGACGGCCAUGUUGCCGUGCCGUCACCUGCUGUGCAAGCCGUGUUACACUCGCGGCGGAUGCGGCGGCAUCAACCGGUGUCCUCUGGACAAGCGAGACUUCCUAGUGGAGGACGUGGUCUGGUCGUCCCGCAUUAACAAGGACAGCGUCCUGAGUCGCCGGGUGUGCUGCUGGAACGUCGACAACGGUUGCGACGCCGUGAACACCGCUUCGUGGAUGCUGGAGCACUUCGCCGGCUGUCGGUUCCACGUCGCUUGCUGCCCCAGGUGCCGCGGCAGGGUACCCCACGUCGAGAUGGCCGAUCACCUGGAGUCCUGCGUGCCGUCGUGCAAUCCUCCCCCCGACGAGCAGCUAGAUGGCGUGGACAACCUCGCCAAUGCCGCGAUGGAGGUCAAGGAGGCCCUGAGAGGGGUCUCGGAAAAGUGCGCCUCUAUCGAGGCGAAGCUUGAGUCGUUCGAAGAUCUGCUUCUACCCUCCGUUAGAGACGACCUCACGGCCAAUCUGACCGCCGCUUUCUCGCGGAUCGUGACGAGAGCCGUUGAGAGAGUGGCGGAGACGAGUGGUGUCGAGGCUCGGGCCUUGCUGGCUGAACAGAUGCACAGAGCGUCUUUGGAGGUCGAAGACAUCCUUGUUGAGAGGGAGCGAUCGACAGUUGAAGCCUUUGUUCGGGAAUGCAAACGGAUGGCAGACGCUGUGGGCGACAAAGUUGCAGACCGGUUGUCGACCGAAGUGCAAACCGUAGUGCAAGCCACAGUAAAAACCGAAACACGAAGCGCAGUACAAACCGAAGUGCUAGCCGAAGCCCAGGAAGACCGGAGUACAAGCAAACCGAAGUACGAACAAAGCAAAGUGCAAUCCGAAGUACAAACCAAAGCCGCUCCUACGCACUGUCCUGCUCGCGCUCGCCUGAUCAACGAAGUAAGUCUGAAGAUCACGAAAUGUCGAGACGAACUGAGGGAGAAGGAGACGCUGUCGGGAAAGGAAGCGGCCCAACUUUUGAAGAUGCUCGCUUUCUCGUCUUUAGCCGUCACGAACGACGCCUUGGAAGUGUGCGAGUCUCGCAAAUGGACCGUACAUAACUGGAACGAUUUCCGCUCCAAGCUAACCGAGAGAGGUUUCUACAGGCGUGUCGGUCCGAGCGCGUAUUUUUACGGCUACCGCAUCUUCACCGAACUGGGCUUUCAUGCCCCCAGCGGCGAGCUUCGACUCAAAGCGGUCGUACGCGAAGGUCUGUACGAUGACUUCGUGGAGUGGCCCGUGAACGUGACGCCCAGGGUUCGUUUCCUUCAUCCAACCGACGAAUCCAAGCACAUCACCCUGAGCGAACAGUUCAUCUGGCAACAACGCGCAACAGACGAGGACUCUAGUGAGGAUCGACGACGCAGCUACCAGACGUCGAGCCAUGGCGUGAGAAUCGAUACGUUGGAAAGAAGUGGUUUCACAAUCGGCAAUCGCCUCUGUAUCGAGUACGACUUUGUGCGUCAGGACACUGAGCGAUUUAUUCCGCAGUGA